AUGAUUGAGAACCCGACGACUCGGUUUCGACUAGUCUUUGUUUUGCCUGGAGCUCUUGAGUCAAAUGGGAGCUUAGGAAAAGCACACGAGCUUGAAGCGGAAACCAAUUAUGUCCCGUCGCCAUCAAUGGCCCUGGAACAUCAGCCUAUGGGAGCACGAUUAACCAGGGACAAUGCCCAACCAGAGGAUAGAGCGAUGAACGUUGCAUGCCCAAUAAAAGCGGAAAGUACAGCUGUGCUUUCUGAACAAAGACCUACCAGGUCUGCUAUUUCUGACAUUUGUCUGACAUUGUCAACUGCAACAAAGCAAUCUCGUUCCACGGAGAGAAAGUUGUUAGGCUACCUUGCAGACGGAGCUCAAAUGCACUCUAUGUAUUACUUGCGAGACCUUGCCGAAAUCCCGAAGCUACAAUCGCUGGAAGAUCUCCUCGCAUCAUCCUCAACAAUCAUCCAAGCCCAAAUGAAGGGUGCAUUUUUCUUCAGCCCCAAAGAUCGUCUCAGUUUGGCUGUCGAGCUCGCGUAUAGUGUUCUUCGACUACAUGGGAAUUGGCUCAAAUCUCAAUGGCGAGCUCGCGACAUCAAGUUCAUUGGAAAGCCGACCGGCGGACUCGGCCAUGCUGCACUUUCUUUGAGUGUUGCGCGUGGAGUAGAAGCCUCAACCAUGUGCAGGGAAGGGGCAAAUUCGGCCCUAAUCCGAAACGAAAUUCUCUUCCCUCUAGGCGUUGUCCUCAUUGAGCUCUCACUUUGCCAGCCAAUAGAGCUGCUUCGUUCACCAGAAGAUCAUGACGAUAACGAGGCAACAGCGACUCUUAAGACAGCCACCCGAUUGUUGCGAUAUGUGGAACCAUCGAGUGGCCAUUUGUAUGGUGAUGCGGUCGAGCAAUGUCUCUUCGGGCACUGGACGUCCGGCAACAACAUAGAAGACGAAACUAUGCAAGAAGAGAUAUACCAAACAGUUGUCUCUCCAUUGGCUGAGAAUUUGAAGAACUUUGUGAGGGGCUUAUAG